AUGUUCUUUGAAAGCUUUGUUUUAAAUUUGUCUUUUCUCGCAGUUUUAAUUGUGGCAUUGACCUUCGACUAUGUUACUAAAUAUUUCAACUACUGGUAUAUUAGACAUAUACCGAAUAGGACGCCCAUUCCGUUUUUCGGAACUGAUUACCACAGAGUUUUGGGACUAAGGAACACAUCAGAAGAAGUAAAUAUAUUGUACAAUAAGUAUGAAAAAGAAAAGUACAUUGGUUGCAUCAAGAGCCGAAUGCCGGAUUUGAUUGUCAAAGACCCUGAAUCUAUCAAAAAGAUUCUGUCGACAGAUUUCUCAAAUUUCCAUUGCCGAGGCUACGGUCUGGACAGAUCUCAGGAUGUUUGUUUACGAAACAAUUUGUUUUACGCUGAGGGUGAAAAGUGGACUCUAUUGCGAAGAAAAUUUGAACUUUUAUUGAAUAAUAUGAAUAACAAUAUUCAAGACAGCCUACACGACUGUUUGUCGGGAACCAACGGAGAUACAAACGUUCAACAAUUAUUGUCAGAUAUAUUGGAUACUGUGUUUAAAGAUAUGCUCAUAGAUAAUAACAAUGAUGGAUCAGCAAUAAAAUAUAUGAGGAAGAUUAUUCAAAAGAGAACCUUAUAUGAUAAAAUAAAAAGCUAUUUGAAAAAUAUUUUCCCGUCUAUUUACAACGUAUUGGGAUUUCAUGUAAUACCAAAGCAAUCUCUAAAACAACUCAUCGAUGUUAUUAAAGAUUCAAGAUUAAUGAAAGUUAUGAAGAAAACCGAACUAAUCUUGCAAGACGAGAUGAAUAAUGUGAAAAAAUAUGACACAGAUUCGGAAUUUGAAGCGGCGUUUUCAACUAUUGCUCAUUUUAUCAGUGAAGGAUAUGUGCCAUGUCAAUAUUUGCUUACUGUUCUUUUAUUUGAAUUAGCUAAAAAUCCAGAUGUACAAAGUAAGGCAAGAGAUUCCAUUAAAUCGUUGGCAAAUAAGGACGAAGAAAACAAUUACUUCAAGAAUACUAUCAAAGAAGCGUUGAGAUUGCACCCACCAUAUUCGGUUAUAACGAGAAAAUGUAUGAAAUUAUAUCAAUUUAAUAAAGAUAUGGUAAUUGAUAAAGGAGUUACAAUAACCAUACCAGUGGAAGCUAUUCACAAUGAUGACAAGAAUUAUAAGGAUGCCAGUAUAUUUAACCCCAGUAGGUUUUCCGAUGUAAAUGAGAAAAAUUGCACAUUUAUACCAUUUGGUUCUGGACCUAGGAAAUGUAUUGGAGAGCAAUUGGCGCUUGAAAUCGUUGGAUCAAUAACUGCCACUAUUUUGGAGAAGUUUUAUCUGGAAGCCUGUGAUAAGACACCAAUUGUACUACCAGUCACUGACUUCAACUUUUCUAGAUGUAUUGAGCGCGAUAUAUGGCUCAAAUUUAAACCUAUCACUGACCUAAAAUAA